AGGAUGAUCCUUGGAGAUGGCAAAACAGUUGCUGCGAGUUACGCACCAGGGUCGAUUCAGACUAAACUCGUAAAAGAUUGAAAGGUAAAAGCUUUAUGUACAAUUGCUCAGUGUCAGCUAUAUAUAUGUGUGUCCAUUAACAUCGCGUACCUGGCUAUGAAGCUUAUGCGAAACCCUAGAUUCACGUCUCUUGUCAAAUGGGUAUCAAAUUUUUUUGUACAAAUCCCCUUUAACCACCCAAUUUCUCCUACACAAAACCCUAGAUCUUUCGCCACCCAGAGAACCGCCCAAGUCUCGAGUUUGAAGAGGACCCGGAAUGGGAUUCGGAUCACUCCCUCUAUUCGGAAAAUGGCUGAGGAAGCAAUGUUGGAUUACUUCUAUUCCACUAGGAGUUUACAGUAUAUGGUUGCAGAGAGUAUGAGCAAGAACAGUCCACUUUUUAUUGGUAACCUUUUGAAGAAGGUGAAUUUUGUUGGUGCUUCUGAUAUCAGCCAAUGCAUCACAAGGCAUCUUCGGUUUCACCCCGUCAAUGAGUUUGAGCCUUUCCUUGAGAGUUCAGGUCUCAAGCCCACUGAGUACACUCAUCUGGUUCCUUCUGAUGAGCUCUUCUUAAAUAAACUAUUGCUUGAGAACCACCAUGUUUUGUGCUAUUCUGGAGUUGACCCCAAGAGGAUUGGAAAGAUUUUCGAGGAAGCUAGGGAGGUUUUCGGGUAUGAAACCGGUGUUUUAGCUUCAAAGAUUAAGGCUUAUGAGGAUCUGGGGUUUAGCAGGUUGUUUCUGUCCAAACUUAUCGCUUGUUCCCCGAGAAUCCUGAUUGGUGCUACGAAUGUCCAACUGCCUAAAGUUAUGGAGAAGCUGAAAGCCUUGGGUUUUGACUCUGAUUGGGUAAUGAAGCACUUGUCAGAGGAGGCAUCUUAUGACUGGAGCUCUGUGUAUCGGACUUUAAGCUUUCUUAGAGAUCUCUUUGUUGAUGAGGAUGAGCUACGUGGGUUAAUCAGGGAGCAUCCAAGACUGAUUUUUGAGGAUUCAGGGGAAUGGACAUUGAUUCUUGCUGGAUUCCAAACAAAACUUGGGUCAUCUAGAAGUGAAUUCUGCUCGUUGUUUCAGAGAUUCCCUCAAGUUCAAGUAGAGAGAUGUGUUAUGAAUCUAAGGAGUUGCUUCUUGUUCCUGAAAGAGAUCGAGAUGGAGGAUGAUGAAAUCCGCAGGGUUUUCGGUUCUCACUCCUGGUGGCUUGGUUCCUGUAGGUUGAAGAAAACCAGUAGCUUGCUCAUUAAUCUGAAGGCUUAUAAAAGCCGAGUUUGUGAGGUCGUUAAAGAAAACCCAGAGGAGAUAAAGAAAUGGACAAUGGGUUCAAAAGUCGAGCCUUUACCAGAUACAGAAGGAUACAUGGAUUCGAAAGCAAUGAAGACUCAGUUUCUGUUGGACCUUGGAUACAAGGAAAACUCAGAGGAAAUGGAGAGAGCGCUCAAGAGUUUCCGUGGGAGAGGAUCUGAACUCCGAGAGAGGUUUAAUGUCCUUGUGAGUUUGGGUUUUAAUGAGAAAGAUGUCAAAGAUAUGGUGAAGGCAUCUCCUAAUAUCCUCACGCAGGCAUGCGAUGUCUUAGAAACGAAGGUUAAUUACCUUGUAAACGAAUUAGGUUAUCCUCAUUCGACGUUGGUGGCUUUCCCUUCGUGUUUAAAGUUCACUCUUCAGAGGAUGAAGCUCAGGUUUGAGAUGUUUUCUUGGCUUCGAGCCCGAGGAAAAGCCAAUCCCAAGCUUGCAGUUAGUACUCUGGUCGCAAGCUCGGACAAAGAUUUUGUGAAAUAUUUUGUAAAUCGCCAUCCAGAUGGGCUUAAGCAUUUUGAGGAUUUGAAAAAUCAGCUUCUUUGAGAUGAACAAAACUAAUUGCCUCUCUGUUUUGAUCAUCUUGUAUUGAUCCCAUUAUUAUUUAGGUACGCUCUUCUAAAGAGACUGUUUUUUUUUUUUUUUUUUUUUACUUUUUUUAGUUUUCUCAGUUUGAGACAAGAAGAACUUGACUAGCAGCUAAAUUGAGAUUUA